UACAGAGGCUAGAAGGUUUUCAAAACCUUCUAGCCUCUGUAGUAGCAACAGUAGAUUGUACCGCAGCCGACAGCUAGGAGUCGAACGCGAGACCUGACGGGACGUUCGUUUCAGUAUUUGCUCGGCGUUUGCGCGCAGGCGCGACGAAGGACUGACGCCCUCGCCGCUUUCAAAUAUGGCCGCGCUAUCAAAUGUUGUACAGGCCGCAAAACUACUAUCAUUUGCGAGAGGAGCGGCGCAUUCCCAAGAACGAUUUUUCUGGCAGUGGCUGAAUGCUGUAUUCAACAGAUAUGACCGAGACCGUAUCAAGGAGAUCGGGCCGGAUAGAGCGGCAGCAGAGUGGCUCAUACGAUGCGGAGCUGCUGUCAGGUGGAGCGGAGCUAUUAAGUUUCACUCUGACUACAACACACUGCCGUCCACGAGCUCAAACGCUUACAAGAUAGAAGAAAUUGAUGCGACUGACUCGUCAAUUAUGGAGAUAGGCUUUCCUUACUUGAAAGAGCUGACUCUUCUGAAAUCGAUCAACUUGACGCGCUGCAACUUUCUCGGAGAUAAGGCAUUGCAGAUGUUGCAACUUCGCAAGGAUAGUCUAGAAAAAGUGCACGUUAUCAGCUGCGGAAACGUGACAGACGCUGGAGUCAAGUCGCUGGCAGAGCUCACCCUGUUCAAGACACGCGUGAAGUGCAACAUGGUUUCGAAUGCAGAGAAGACCGAAGACAUGAUGUGGCGGGUUCACAAUACCAGACACCACUGACACGUACACAAACAGUGCUGCCAAAAACUUAGUCCAUUCAGCACUAAGUUCCUGGAUGAGCGAGACCUUAGACCAUACAACAGUUAAUUUCAUUUUCCUCUUGCCCUCCAUUGCAAGGUUCGAAGCCAGUGCUUCUCAAUGGCUACGUGUGUGAAAAGCUGUUGUCUGAUCUCCAACCAAGCCCGAAUCUCUGCUGUACCUCUCACAACCAACACAACACUCUAAACUCUUGGUUGGCACAAAGAGCGGCAUGCCAGCCAAUUGCAUGUGAGGAUGUGAUUCGAGCUCGCACGUGUGGCAAUGGCAUUCACAUUUUUGUGUGCACGUGCAUGUGGGUUGACCAUAUGGGGCAAGAAGCUAGCUGCAGGAAUGUGACCGAGAAACUACAGAACUGCAUUACCAAGGUUUUCCCCAACAGCACGAAAGUACCAAACGAUGGCACUGAAACAAUGGUUCGCAUCCUGCAUCAAAGGCCUACAAAAAGAAAUAAAAUAUCUACUAUAGCAGUCGAGAAAGCCACCUGAACCAGUUCACGAGGUGCUGCGCCCUGCCGUUCAUUUCACCUGUGCAGCAAUGGUGCCCGCUGAACCACGCAUUCAUUUCAAAAGGCACAGGAAAGGUGCACGGCUGGUUCAUGAUUCUGCCACACCCACUCCACUGACGGUACUGACUUGGUGCAGGCAUACAGGUGCUAAGCAGCAGCACAGCACACGGGUGCGAGCACUGACAAAACCUCGCUUACACAUAUCUGAUGCGUCUACGCAAGUGAGGUGUAUAUUUAUGCCCCAGAAGCCAAUCAUAACUGCAUUUCAGGCCCUCUAAAUCUUGCGCACUCCGUGCACAUUAGUCCCGCACAAAAUAACGCCUGGACCACGUCUCCACCUUUGCAUUCGUUUCGAGUGUCUCUGGGCUUGCAUCUCAGAAAUUGAGCUGCACAAUUUCUGAACUCCUAGUAAACCGCCGAGAACUGGUUCACGGUGGUGCAGGUGCAUCGGACAUACCCCACAUCUGCACUGCCCUGUGGUUGUGCGAGUGACCAUACACCUCAUCAUCUACUCCUUAAACCUGUCUCCUCACACGCUUCCCAUUCAGUUUGCAAUAUCCUUCCUUUUGUUCCAAGCUAGGGCACGUUCUCAAUUACCCUUGUAUGGCCAGUGGCACACCAACAUAUCUAUAUAUGUGUUGGUAUGCCACUGGCCGUACAAGGGUCAUACACACACCUGUAUGCACAAGCUUCUUUCAUGCUUGCAAAAACACUUUUAUGUAGUACAUAUUGAGCAACAGAAAGCUCUAUCAGAAGUUUUUCAUGGUGC